GCGGGCCACCGCCCUCCAAUGCGUGCUGCGUUCCGGCUCCUCCCUCUCCCGCCUCCUGGUCCCCGCCAUGGUGCUGGAGUCGGUGGUCGCAGACUUGCUGAACCGCUUCCUAGGGGACUACGUGGAGAACCUGAACAAGUCCCAGCUAAAGCUGGGAAUCUGGGGCGGUAAUGUGGCUUUAGAUAAUCUGCAGAUAAAAGAAAAUGCUCUGAGUGAAUUGGAUGUUCCUUUCAAAGUCAAGGCUGGCCAAAUCGAUAAAUUAACUUUGAAGAUUCCUUGGAAAAACCUUUAUGGAGAAGCAGUUGUUGCCACCCUAGAAGGAUUAUACCUGCUUGUAGUCCCUGGAGCAAGUAUUAAGUAUGAUGCAGAGAAAGAAGAAAAAUCCUUGCAGGAUAUUAAGCAGAAGGAACUUACCAGAAUCGAAGAAGCCCUUCAAAAAGCAGCAGAGAAAGAUAAGCCCAAAGAAGCAAAAAAAGAUACAUUUUUGGAAAAAUUGGCAACUCAAGUAAUAAAAAAUGUUCAAGUGAAAAUCACAGACAUUCACAUUAAAUAUGAAGAUGACGUCACUGAUCCAGAAAGGCCGCUUUCAUUUGGUGUCACAUUGGGAGAAUUUAGUCUGUUGACGACAAAUGAACACUGGACUCCGUGCAUUUUAAAUGAAGCAGAAAAAAUUAUAUAUAAGCUUGUGAAACUUGACAGUCUCAGUGCCUAUUGGAAUGUCGCCUGCUGCAUGUCUUACCAUGGAUCCAGGGAGCAUAUCUUGGAUCAGCUGAAGCAUGAAAUUCUUACAAGUAAAAACAUCCCUCCAGAUCAUCAGUACAUUUUCCAGCCAAUAUCAGCCUCUGCAAAGCUCUACAUGAAUCCCUGUGCAGAAUCAGAGCUCAAAACACCCAAACUUGAUGGGAACAUAGAAGUCCAAAAUAUUGCCAUUGAGCUGACGAAGCCCCAGUACUUAAGCAUGAUUGACUUUUUGGAGUCGCUGGAUUAUAUGGUUAGAAAUGUACCAUAUAGGAAGUAUAAACCUUGCUUACCACUUCACACCAAUUGUCGGCAAUGGUGGAAAUAUGCAAUUGAUUCUGUUCUUGAAGUUCAUAUAAGAAGAUAUACUCAGAUGUGGUCAUGGAGUAACAUAAAAAAACAUAGGCAGUUACUCAAGAGUUACAAAAUUGCCUACAAAAACAAGUUAACACAAGCAAAAGUCUCAGAAGAAAUACAAAGACAAAUUCAGGACUUGGAGAAGAGUCUAGAUGUUUUUAACAUUAUUUUAGUGAGACAACAAGCACAAGUUGAGGUCAUUCAUUCUGGGCAGAAGUUAAGGAAAAAGUCUGCUGAGGCAGGCGAGAAACGUGGCUGGUUUAGUGGGUUUUGGGGAAAGAAAGAGUCCAAGAAGAAAGAUGAGGACUCAUUGAUCCCUGAAACCAUCGAUGACCUUAUGACUCCAGAGGAGAAAGAAAAGUUCUUCACUGCCAUUGGCUACAGUGAGAGCACCUACAACUUUGCUUUGCCCAAGCAAUAUGUGGCCCAUAUACUGACUCUGAAGUUGGUGAGCACCUCUAUCAUAAUAAGAGAAAACAGGAAUGUUCCAGAAAUCCUGAGAAUUCAGAUAAUUGGCUUGGGUACCCAAGUAUCCCAGCGGCCAGGAGCACAAGCACUUAAGAUAGAAGCAAAAUUAGAACAUUGGUACGUCACCGGCUUGCGACAACAAGACAUUGUGCCGUCGCUGGUGGCUUCCAUUGGCGAUACUUCAUCAUCCUUGCUCAAAAUUGAGUUUGAAACCAACCCUGAGAGCAGUCCUGCUGAUCAGACUCUGCUCGUCCAGUCCCAGCCUGUGGAGGUCAUCUAUGACGCUAAAACUAUCAAUGCUAUAGUUGAAUUUUUUCAGUCAGAUAAGGGGCUGGAUCUUGAGCAAAUUACAUCAGCUACAUUGAUGAAGCUGGAAGAGAUUAAGGAGAGAACAGCUACAGGACUUACACAUAUUAUUGAGACUCGGAAAGUCCUCGAUUUAAGGAUAAAUCUAAAGCCUUCUUAUCUAAUAAUUCCACAGACAGGUUUUCACCAUGAAAAGUCAAAUCUUCUCAUUUUAGACUUUGGUACUUUUCAGCUCAACAGUAAAGACCAAGGUACACAGAAGACGACUAAUUCAUCUCUGGAAGAAAUAAUAGACAAGGCAUAUGACAAGUUUGAUGUGGAGAUAAAGAGUGUGCAGUUGCUAUUUGCAAAAGCAGAGGAAAACUGGAAAAAGUGUAGAUUCCAACAUCCAUCAACUAUGCACAUAUUACAACCCAUGGAUAUUCAUGUAGAGUUGGCCAAGGCAAUGGUGGAGAAGGAUGUUAGAAUGGCCAGAUUUAAAGUGUCAGGAGGAUUGCCUUUGAUGCAUGUGAGGAUUUCUGACCAGAAGAUAAAAGAUACGCUGUGUUUGAUUAAUAGUAUACCCUUGCCACAGAAGUCGUCCACACAGUCUCCAGAGAGACAGGUAGCCUCGAUUCCUGUUCUUUCAGGUGGGACGAAAGGUCUUCUUGGCACUUCACUGUUGCUGGAUGGAUUGGAAUCAGAGUCUGAUGACGAGUAUUUUGAUGCUGAGGACGGAGAUUUGCAGACUGCUAGAACUGUGAAAGCCUCAGAACUGAAAAAAGCCUCUGAGGUUCCAAAUGAGGAGCUGGUUAACCUUCUGCUCAAGUUUGAGAUUAAAGAGGUGAUUUUGGAACUCACUAAACAACAGAAAGAAGAAGAGACAAUUUUAGUAUUUAAUGUCACCCAGUUAGGGACAGAAGCAACAAUGAGGACAUUUGAUCUGACUGCAGUGUCCUAUUUGAGAAAAAUCAGCUUGGAUUACCAUGAAAUUAAAGGAUCCAGAAAGAAGCCCCUUCACUUGAUUAGCUCUUCAGACAAACCUGGAUUGGAUCUUUUAAAAGUGGAGUAUGUUAAGGUCGAUAAGAAUGGACCUAGUUUUCAAACUACUUUUGAAAAAACUGAACAAACCAUUAAGGUGACCUUUUCAUCUUUGAAUCUGUUGCUACAAACACAAGCUCUUCUGUCUGCUCUUAACUACUUGACGACCAUCGUCCCAUCAGAUGGUGAGAACACCGGUGUUGUCAAGGAGGCGCAGGCUGCGACCGAGAAACAAAAGAACUCCCCCCUGCAGAAAGCCAUGGUGUCCUCUAGAGAUAGUGACAUUAUUAACUUUAGGCUGUUUGCCAAAUUGAAUGCUUUCUGUGUCACUAUCUGCGAUGAGAAGAGCAAUAUUGCUGAAAUCAAGAUACAAGGCCUUGAUUCUUCCCUUUCUCUUCAGUCAAAAAAGCAGUCACUUUUUGCCAGGUUGGAAAACAUUAUUGUCACAGAUGUCAACCCCAAAACAGUUCAUAAGAAAGCUGUAUCCAUAGUUGGAAAUGAAGUUUUUCGUUUUAACCUGGAUUUGUAUCCAGAUGCUACUGAAGGGGAUUCCUACACUGACAUGUCCACCGUGGAUGGGGUGGUGGCUUUGCAUGUUGGCUGUAUUCAGAUUGUAUACCUUCAUAAAUUCCUUCUCUCACUUCUGAGCUUCCUGAACAAUUUCCAAGUGGCCAAAGAGGCACUGAGUGCUGCCACUGCCCAGGCUGCAGAAAAAGCUGCCACGAGUGUGAAAGAUCUUGCCCAGAGGAGUUUUCGUGUGUCAGUCAACAUUGAUUUGAAAGCGCCGGUCAUUGUCAUUCCACAGUCCUCCGUCUCCACCAACGCGGUUGUGGUCGAUCUUGGAUUAAUUAGAGUUCACAAUCAGUUCAGUCUGGUGUCAGGUGAAGACACCGCAAGUCCUCCAGUGAUCGACAAGAUGGAGGUGCAGCUUACGAAACUGAAACUCUCUAGGACAGCAAUCCAGCCAGGCGUCUCCCAUCCUGAUAUUCAGCUGUUGCACCCAAUUAACUUAGAGUUUUUUGUCAAUCGGAAUCUAGCUGCAAAUUGGUACCAUAAGGUGCCUGUUCUAGAAAUUAAAGGGUGCCUUGAUUCAAUGAAUGUUAGUCUAAAUCAAGAGGAUCUUAAUCUGCUGUUUAGAAUACUGGCAGAAAAUCUUGGUGAGGCCUCUGAAGACUUGGAUAAAGGGAAGCCUAGAAUACAGGAGACAGGGGAAGCGAAAGCAUGCCGAGAAGUCUCUGCACCCCAGGAUGUGCACACCACACAAGGUGCAUCACCAGCCAGAGUGGAAGAGACCAGGUCCAUAGACAUCAUUAAUGUACUACUGAAUUUUGAAAUUAAAGAGGUUAUGGUUACUUUGAUGAAAAAAGCAGAAAAGAAAGGAACACCUUUACAUGAACUGAAGAUCCUGCAUCUUGGGGUGCAAGCUAAAGUAAAGGCCCAUGACAUGACUGCUGAAGCUUACCUGAGAAGAAUUAGCGUGCGGUGCUUUGAUUUUCCUGAUUCUAAAGGUGAACCUCUGUACAUUGUCAACUCCUCUAACGUUUCUGAUGGAACCCUCCUGAAAAUGCUGUUCAUUAAGGCAGACAGCGAUGGACCAGAAUUUAAAACUGUUCAUGAUAACACCAAACAGAAGCUGAAGGUUUCGUUUUCAUCUUUGGACUUGGUGCUUCAUUUGGAAGCCUUGCUUUCCCUCAUGGAUUUUUUGUCAUCUGCUGUUCCAUCCUCGGACUCUUCUUCCUCUGGGAAAGAAUCUGGACCGAAGUCACUUGUGGGAGAAUCCAAAAGUCUUGCCAUCAAAGCUGGGCCCAGCACUUCUGAAGGUGAUGUGUUUGAUUUGAAGGUCACAGCUGAAUUAAAUGCCUUUAACAUCUUCAUUUGUGAUCAGAAGAGUAACAUAGCAGAUAUUAAAAUACAUGGAAUGGAUGCCUCUAUUUCUGUGAAGCCAAAGCAGACUGAUGUGUUUGCCAGACUUGAGAAUAUCGUAGUUAUGAAUGUUGAUUCACUGUCCAUUCACAAAAAGGCCGUCUCUAUUUUGGGAGAUGAAGUCUUCAGGUUCCAGAUGACGCUGUAUCCAGAUGCCACAGAAGGCGAGGCCUAUGGUGAUAUGUCCAAAGUGGAUGGCAAACUUAGUCUCAAAGUGGGCUGUAUUCAGAUUGUCUAUGUUCAUAAAUUCUUCAUGUCUCUUUUGAGCUUCCUCAACAAUUUCCAAACUGCCAAAGAAGCCUUGAGUACAGCCACAGUCCAGGCUGCAGAGAGAGCUGCAUCCAGCGUGAAGGACCUGGCGCAGAAGAGCUUCCGGCUUCUGAUGGACAUCAACCUGAAAGCGCCUGUCAUUACUAUUCCCCAGUCUUCUGUGUCUCCUAACGCCGUUAUAGCAGAUCUUGGCUUAAUCAGGGUUGAGAACAAGUUUAGCCUGGUUCCUGUGGAGCACUACUCUCUUCCCCCAGUGGCUGAGAAUAUGAGCAUCCAGCUUACUCAGCUGAAGCUCUCCAGAACUGUUUUACAGUUUGAUUCGCUCCAGCCUGACAUUGAAAUCUUAGAACCAGUGAAUAUGCUUUUAUCCAUACAGCGGAAUUUGUCAGCAGCAUGGUACACACAGAUUCCAGGCAUGGAGAUCAAAGGAAAGCUCCAGCCUAUGCAGGUUGCUCUCAGUCAAGACGACUUGACAGUUUUAAUGAAAAUUUUGCUGGAAAACCUUGGGGAAGCUUCUUCCCAGCCAAGCCCUACCCAGUCUGCACAGGAGGCUGCAAGAGUAAAGAGAGAUACUCGGAGUGGACCUGACUACCUUAAAGAACAAGAUUUGACAGACCCAAAGGGCCCCGUGGAUCAGACUGUCACCCUUCAGUUUGGCUUCCACUUUGACUCUCUGUCCAUUAUCCUUUACAACAAUGACAGCCACCAGGAGUCCAGACUUUCAUUUCAUAAUGAUAGUUUCCGUCUUGGCGAGCUCAGACUACACCUGAUGGCUUCUGCAGGGAAGAUGUUCAAGGAUGGGUCUAUGGAUGUCAGCCUUAAACUGAAGACAUGCACCCUUGAUGAUCUCCGAGAAGGAAUUGAGAGAGCAACAUCCAGGAUGAUCGACAAAAAGAACGGCCAAGAUAGCAAUAGUUCUAUGGUUGAUGUAAGAUAUAGACAAGAUAAAAAUGGAAGUCAGAUUGAUGCUGUUCUUGACAAGUUGUACGUGUGUGCCAGCGUGGAGUUCCUGAUGACCGUGGCAGAUUUCUUCAUCAAAGCUAUGCCUCAGAGUCCAGAAAACAUAGCAAAAGAAAUACAGAUUCCAUCAAGACAGACAGCCAUGGGGAGAGUCAAGACAGAGAAAGAUGACUCUGUAAGACCAAAUAUGACCUUGAAGGCCAUGAUCACAGACCCGGAAGUGGUGUUUGUUGCCAACCUGACAAGGGCGGACGCUCCUGCUCUGACAGCCUCAUUCCAGUGUAACCUCUCCCUGUCAACAUCCAAACUCGAGCAGAUGAUGGAAGCUUCUGUGAGAGACCUGAAAGUGCUUGCCUGCCCCUUCCUGAGAGAAAGGAGAGGGAAGAACGUCACCACGGUGUUACAACCCUGCUCUUUAUUUAUGGAGAAGUGCACAUGGGCUUCAGGGAAACAGAACAUAAAUAUCAUGGUUAAAGAGUUUGUAGUUAAGAUCUCGCCUAUAAUCCUCAAUACUGUGAUGACCAUCCUGGCUGCUAUGUCUCCAAAAGCCAAAGAAGAUGACUCGAAAGACACUGCUAAGGAGAUGGACAAUCUCUGGGCCAUCAAACCUGUUACUGAUUAUAACUCUUGGUUUCUUGGUGUUGACACAGCAACAGAAGUAACAGAAAAUUUCAGAGACUUUGAACGUCCCCUGAUAGAGGAAAACUGUGUGGUUGCUGUGGAGUCAGUUCAGGUCACCCUAGAAUGUGGCCUUGGGCAUCGCACCAUGCCCCUGUUACUGGCAGAGUCUAAGUUUUCUGGAAAUAUUAAAAACUGGACUUCUCUAAUGGCUGCUGCUGCUGACAUGACAUUAGAGGUUCACUAUUAUAACGAAAUCCAUGCUGUCUGGGAGCCACUGAUUGAAAGAGUGGAGGGGAAAACACCAUGGAGCUUAAAGCUUAAUGUGAAGAAGAACCCGAUCCAGGAUAAAAGUUUGAUGCCGGGAGAUGAUUUUAUUCCUGAGUCACAAAUGGCAGUUCAUAUUUCUUCAGGAGCUACGAUGAAUAUCACAAUAUCCAAAAGCUGUCUUAAUGUUUUCAACAAUUUAGCAAAAGGCUUCUCAGAGGGGGCUGCUUCUACUUUUGACUACUCUCUAAAAGACAGGGCUCCUUUUACAGUCAGGAAUGCCCUAGGUGUUCCCAUUAAGGUGCAGCCCAAUCGUAACCUCAAGGUGAUGGGUUCCCCAGAUAAGAGUGACAUUUAUGACGUGGACACUGGUCAGCAUUUGGAGCUGGAAUAUGACAACCUGGAACCUUCGCGUCAAGGAAAGCUGUCGAUUCUGAGCCGGCAGGAAAGUUCCUUCUUCACCCUGACCUUUGUACCACAUGGCUAUACGGAAGUGGGCAGUGUCCCUGUGGCCAGGCCUGGCCGGCGAUUGUAUAAUGUACGGAAUCCCAGUGCCAGCCGUUCUGAUUCUGUGUUGGUGCAGAUUGAUGCGACAGAAGGUAAUAAGGUCAUCACUCUCCGCUCGCCUCUGCAGAUUAAAAACCACUUCUCGAUAUCAUUUAUCAUCUACAAAUUUGUCAAGAAUGUUAAGCUGCUGGAGCGCAUUGGAAUAGCCAGACCUGAGGAGGAGUUCCAUGUCCCUUUGGAUUCCUAUAGAUGUCAGCUGUAUGUGCAGCCAGCUGGCAGGCUGGAGCAGCAGUACACACAGUCCACCACGUACAUUUCCUGGAAGGAAGAGCUUCACCGUAGCAGCGAGGUGAGGUGCAUGCUGCAGUGCCCUGCGGUGGAAGUCAACUUCUUACCGCUCAUCGUGAACACGGUCGCUCUGCCUGAUGAGCUGAGCUACAUCGGUGCCCACGGGGAAGACUGGGACCCAGCCUACGUUAUCCACCUUUACCCUCCUCUCACCUUGCGGAACCUUCUUCCGUAUUCGCUAAGAUACUUGCUUGAGGGGACUGCGGAAGCCCAGGAGCUUGCAGAAGGCAGUGCCGCCGAUGUGCUCCAAUCUAGAAUCAGUGGCGAGAUCAUGGAGCUGGUUCUGGUGAAGUACCUGGGCAAGAACUGGAGUGGACACUUCCGUAUCUGCGACACACUUCCCGAGUUCUUCCUCGUGUGCUUUUCCUCAGACACCGCGGAAGCGAUGACAGUCGACUUGUCAGUACACGUCAGGCGACUUGGCUGUCGGUUGGAGCUGUCUGUCUUCAGUCCCUACUGGCUAAUCAACAAAACUUCUCGGGUUCUCCAGUAUCGCUCUGAGGACAUACAUGUCAAACACCCGGCCGAUUUCAGGGAUAUUGUUUUAUUCUCUUUCAAGAAGAAGAACAUCUUUAGUAAAAAUAAGGUACAGUUAAAGAUUUCAACUAGUGACUGGUCCAGCGGUUUCUCACUGGACACCGUGGGAAGUUACGGGUGUGUGAAGUGCCCUGCCACCAAUAUGGAAUACCUGGUCGGGGUCAGCAUCAAAAUGAGCAGUUUCAACCUCUCAAGAAUAGUCACUCUGACUCCCUUCUGCACUGUUGCAAACAAGUCCUCCUUAGAGCUGGAAGUCGGAGAGAUUGCCUCCGAUGGCUCCAUACCGACCAACAAAUGGCACUAUGUCGCCUCUUCAGAGUGCAUUCCGUUUUGGCCUGAAAAUUUAUCCGGCAAGCUAUGUGUGAGAGUGGUGGGCUAUGAGGGAUCCUCCAAGCCGUUCUUCUACAACCAACAAGACAAUGGCACUCUAUUGAGCUUGGAAGAGUUGAAUGGAGGUAUCUUGGUGGAUAUAAACACUGCUCAACACUCAACUGUCAUAACCUUCUCUAAUUACCACGAGGGAUCCGCACCUGCCCUGAUAAUGAACCACACACAGUGGGAUGUCCUCACAUAUAAACAGAGUGGCUCACAGGAGGAAUUUGUAUUGCUGCCAAGAGAAACCCGACUCUUUGCUUGGGCAGAUCCCACUGGCACCAGGAAGCUCACAUGGAGCUAUGCAUCAAACGUUGGAGAGCAUGAUCUCUUAAAGGAUGAGUGUGGACAGUUUCCAUACGAUGCAAACAUCCAGAUCCAUUGGGUGUCCUUCCUCGACGGGCGCCAGAGGGUUCUCCUUUUUACGGAUGAUGUUGCUUUGGUUUCCAAAGCACUCCAGGCAGAAGAAAUGGAACAGGCUGAUCACGAAGUAACCUUGUCUCUCCACAGCCUUGGGCUUUCUCUGGUUAACAAUGAAAUAAAGCAGGAAGUCUCAUACAUUGGAAUCACCAGUUCAGGUGUUGUUUGGGAGAUGAAACCGAAGCAGAAAUGGAAGCCCUUUAGCCAGAAGCAGAUAAUGUCACUGGAACAGUCCUAUCAGAAGCAUCUUGUUUCACAAGACCGUGGCUGGAUUAAACUGGAUAGCAAUUUUGAGGUCAAUUUUGACAAAGUUCCGAUGGAAAUGCGGCUUCCUAUCCGGUGCCCUAUUAAACGGGACUUCUUAUCAGGGAUUCAGGUUGAGUUUAAGCAAUCUCCUCACCAGAGAAGCUUAAGGGCCCGGUUAUACUGGCUCCAGGUUGACAAUCAGUUACCAGGCACAAUGUUCCCAGUGGUAUUUCAUCCUGUGGCUCCUCCCAAAUCCAUUGCUUUAGAUUCAGAGCCCAAACCGUUCAUCGACAUGAGUGUGAUCACAAGGUUCAACGAGUACAGUCAGGUCUUACAGUUCAAGUAUUUUAUGGUUCUCAUCCAGGAAAUGGCUUUAAAAGUUGAUCAGGGGUUCCUUGGAGCUGUGAUUGCACUGUUUACCCCAACAACUGCCCCUGAAACUGAAAGGAAGCGGACAAAGUUAAUCCAACAAGAUAUUGAUGCUCUCAACACAGAGUUAAUGGAGUCUUCCAUGACUGAUAUGUCGAUCCUGAGUUUCUUCGAACAUUUUCAUAUAUCUCCUGUUAAGUUGCAUUUGAGUCUGUCUUUGGGUUCCGGAGGUGAGGAAUCAGACAAAGAGAAACAGGAAAUGAUUGCAAUUCAUUCUGUGAACCUGCUGUUGAAAAGCAUAGGUGCCACUCUGACUGAUGUGGAUGACCUCAUAUUCAAACUUGCUUAUUAUGAGAUCCGCUAUCAGUUUUACAAGAGAGAUCAGCUCAUGUGGAGUGUUGUUAGACACUACAGUGAACAGUUCCUGAAGCAGAUGUAUGUGCUUGUAUUGGGCUUAGACGUGCUUGGAAACCCGUUUGGACUGAUCAGGGGCCUGUCUGAAGGAGUUGAAGCACUGUUCUACGAGCCCUUCCAGGGUGCUGUUCAAGGCCCUGAAGAAUUUGCUGAAGGAUUAGUGAUUGGGGUAAGAAGUCUCUUUGGACACACAGUAGGUGGUGCCGCGGGAGUCGUGUCUCGAAUCACUGGUUCUGUUGGGAAGGGCCUGGCAGCAAUUACAAUGGACAAAGAGUAUCAGCAGAAGAGAAGAGAGGAGAUGGGUCGACAGCCUAAAGAUUUUGGAGACAGUCUGGCCAGAGGAGGGAAGGGCUUCCUGCGAGGAGUUGUUGGCGGGGUGACUGGAAUAAUAACAAAGCCUGUGGAAGGAGCCAAGAAGGAGGGCGCUGCUGGUUUCUUUAAAGGAAUUGGAAAGGGGCUCGUGGGUGCCGUGGCUCGUCCAACUGGUGGAAUCAUAGAUAUGGCUAGCAGCACCUUCCAAGGCAUUCAGAGGGCAGCAGAAUCCACUGAGGAGGUGUCCAGCCUCCGUCCACCUCGUCUGAUCCACGAAGACGGCAUCAUCCGUCCAUAUGACAGGCAGGAAUCUGAGGGCUCCGACUUGUUAGAGAACCAUAUCAAGAAGCUGGAAGGUGAGACCUACCAGUUCCACUGUGCUGUUCCUGGACACAAGAGGACAGUCCUUAUGAUUACAAACAGGCGGGUGCUGUUUAUAAAGGAAGUUGAAAUCCUAGGCCAUAUGUCUGUGGACUGGCAGUGUCUGUUUGAAGAUUUUGUGUGUCCUCCUGGAGUCAGUGAAAACCUGCUGAAGAUUUCAGUUAAGGAACAGGGUCUGUUCCAAAAAAAAGACAGUGUCAAUCAAGGCUGUCUUCGGAAAAUUUACCUGAAGGAUUCUGUCACAGCCAAGAGAGCACUUGACGCCCUUGAGAGCGCACAGUCGUCCAGGCACCAACAGAAGCUGAUGAAGCAGCCUUCCCUCCGGCUCCUCAGACCCCAAGUUCCAUCCUGACCACAGCCUUUACCGGACUUCUGAGAGGGAAACGGUCACUUCAAAAGUCCUGCGAAAGAGAACAUUUCCAGCAGUUCCUUGAUUUGUUUUUUUUCUGGGAAAUCCAGCACUGUGUUUUCCUUUUGGACUCUUAUUUUGAGUUUGGGUUUUGCAACUCGGCAUAUAUCAGGAGUCUGUUGCUACACCAUGUAGGUCAGACCUCAAAGAAAUACCACUUGAGACUCAGAGGGAAAUGUUCAUUAAUAUUAAAAUUGGGAAACAAAGAGUGCUGGGCUUGUUUUUAAUGAGUCUGUACUGAAGAAAGGAGGUUUUAAAAUGAGUAGUGUUCUCUGAAAGUUUUAACCACACAAAUAGUGGACCCUCUGACCUUUGUUUAAAGGUAAUUUGUGCAAUAAUUGACCCGAGAGAACACUUUUGGUAAACCGGGGAACUGACCAAAGAAAUUCAAAGGGAGAGAUGGCAUGUUUUUAUUUUUGUUUUUGUUUUUCGUGAAAACAUUUUUCUCCUAAUAGGAUGAGUUUUACAUCGGUGUUUCCCCUCCUUUCCUGCUACUUACAGAAUGUGGGCAGUCUGGAAUCUUCGGGGAGCCGUACUCCAUUAUCUGUAGUGAGACCCUCCCUGGAUAUUGGAGUGGCUGCUUUUUCAGGAUGCAUUCACGGGCACAGUUACAUUUUUUUCUGGGAAGUGAAAACAAUUUACUGUAAGCUUCUCAGCAUUCAGAAAUGUUUAAAGCACAGUAUUUUUUAUAUUUCCAGAAAUUUAUUUUAGAAUUUAUAAGACUGCUAAGAGCGCCAUAAGUUAACAUAUGAUGCUAAUGCAUACCUGUAAAUGUCUUUUAAAUACUUGCUAAGAAGAAUGUAAAAUCUUUACUUGCUUUAUUAUGUUAGUUUUUAUAAAUGUCAGUAUAGAGUUGGAAGCAGGUGUUCCCUGUGUGCGCCGGUCAGCACAAGUUCCUGUCCUUCCUCCCCUCUCUAGUACGGGUUAUAUAUGGCUGCCUGGUGACUCUGAGACACUUUGUCUUCUUGGAUGAACCUUUAGCUUUGAUCAGGGUGUUGAAUAUGGCAUUUGGAUGAAGGCGUGGGUGCUCUGGGCCUGCUCUGCCUGUGUUGAGGUGUGACCCUCCUUUCACAUAGUAGGCUGUGCUUCUGAGACGGCACGAGAAGACGUCUUAGUUCCCCCACUGCUGCCCGUCCUGUUUCUCUAAGGGAGGGCAGAGCUCAGUGUCUGAUUUGUGGUAGUUGUUGAAUUUCCAAUUAAAUUCUUUACCCCCCAACCUUCUUCUUUCUUUCUUUUGAUAGGGUCUCACAAUGUAGCCCAGGCUGGCCUUUAACUCACUGAGAACUGCCCACCUCUGCCUCCCAAAUUCUGGGAUUAAAGGUGCACGCCACUCCGCCUGGCUUAAUACCUUUAUUCCUGUUAAGAAAAUCAUCACAUGUGAAAUGCAUAGCUUUAAACCUAAUUGAACUUUCUAGAACUAGAAGCCGGAGAUAAGUCUUCUAGCAAGUCCAGCAGCAUCCUGUGUCUUUAAAAAUGACUUAACCAGGAAUUUGAAUAUCUGAUUACAUUUUUUCAUGUUAACCAUAGCUGUUGAUGGUAUCAUAAAUAUUUCCGGCAUUAUUUUGCACUGGUGGUUUAUUCCAGAAACAGGUAUGCAGGUCACUGGACUGAGAACAAUUAAAUCUAUAAACCUACUGUCUUAGUUGAUUACCUUCAAGUAUCUGUGACUUUUUUGUUUGAUGCAAUUUCCUCGGACAGAAGUAACCCACUGGUUGGAUGUAAUUAGGUAUAGUGUGUUUUUAAAAAUGCAUUUAGAGGCAGUGACUUGCUUAUAAAGUUCUGAGAGAAAUAAAGCAUUUGGUACGUUGCUUA